AAUGUCAAAUUGUCAACCUAAAACGUCACAUUUUUCACUUUUCGCGUCAUUUUUAAUAAAGUAGAAAAAUAAAGCAGCAAAUACAUAUAUAACUUAUUUCAUCAACGUUGGUUGCAAGGAAACAGCUCUGCUAAAUUGCCAUAGGAUUUAUGAUCUAUUACUCAUCAUGGCAUACACCGAAAAAGUGUCACUGAGCGGCACUGCACUAUCCUUUUUGUUAUACGAAUGUGUAAAUUCAGUAAAUUGCCAGGAGGGAUUUCUGAUUGGAGAUGUGACUUCUGAAAUAACUAAUCACAUAUCUGACUCACAAAGCGAUAACGCCCGGUUGGACACACAAAUAGUCAUAAGAACUGUUCUGCCUUUACCCUCGGUGUCCCUGUUUUACCUACCAACCGGUAGAAUAAAGGAGGAUGUACUAUCAAACUUACUUUCAAAUACCGCAAAUGAGAUUGUUGGCUGGUACAAAUCGAAAAAUAGUUCGGUCAAACCUACAUUUAGAGAUAGGCUAAUAUCCAAAGGAUUGCAAAAGUAUUUUGAAAAGCAUCAUGGAAGAAAAAACUUUGCCACAUGCAUAUUGUCAAGCAAAACCUCAUCUUCUUCAUCUACACACACAUUUACCUACAGAUUUGGUAAAAUAAAUUGCUUUGACAUUUAUGAAUAUAUUGAAGAUGUGACAGCAAAUCUGGGUGAGAAGUUGACUGGCUACAAGAAGCCCCACAGGUUGUCACCACAUAGCAUUUUCAAUAAAAUUGUAAAGGACAGCAAUGUGCAGAGUAACAACACAACUGAAGCAAUUCUGAGGAUACAGGAGGCGGUAGAUGUCCGGCUUCUUAAGGAAGCUCGGAUAGCAGCUAAGAAUGAAUGCACUAUCAGAGAGCUAGAAGCUGAAAUUAAACAAAUGAAUGCUAUUCUCUCUGACAAGCAAUGUGAAGACUUACAAGUGAGUUACAAUAAAAGUUUAGAGGAGAAAUUCAUGAGCAGAGAAGCAGAGAUGGCAGAAGCAUGUGUGCAAGCCUUGGCAACACCCUCACAAGUGGAUAUUUUGAGUGUCCCAAAUGUUCUGCUGCAUAGUAACAACCUUAUUGAGUGUGACAACCCUGUGCCAUCGAGGAAUGAAGCUGAAAGAAGUUCCAGCCCUAUUCUAAUAUCAAGUUCCGUGAAACAGCCAAAGUUAAAUUACGCAGCUGCUUUGAAAACAAGCACAGAGCCUUCAACCAGUAAAUCAAACAACCACAUUGAAGACCUAAUAAGUUUCGAUGUGGAUGACAAAAAGGUGAAUAACACACAGACCAUCAUCCUCAAUGAUGAUAUGAAACGUGACAGUUCGCCGGAGUACUGACCAGUGCCUUAACUUGAGUAGUAUUAAGUUGCCCUACUUUAAUCAAACACUUAUUAUCUAUAGGUGGAUCAAAUACUGACAUUUUGCUUUUUA